AUGUCUGGCCUGGACUCACUGCUUGCGCUGCGGGUGAUUCAGCAAAGCUUUUCCUCCAGCCCCGCAUUCGUGCAGGCACCAUUGAGCCAUGCGCCCGCUGAUCAUGUGACACUUCACCGGGCAAGAGUUGGUGCUGCCAAGCCGCCGCAGAAGGCCGCAUCACAACCAAGCGGUGCUGCCAAUGGGAUGCUUCUCGGUGCCAGUGCUGCAUCGGCAAUGCUUGGAUGCCGUGUUUUGCGCAAGGUGAUUGGCCGUCGAUCACGCCAAGCCAAGGUGUUGCGCCGGCAGGGUCCUUUGCUAAAGGAGCGAACGGAGGCAGUUGCAACAGAGGAGGAUGCUGCACAAUUGGCAGAGAGGCUACAGUUGGAGGCUGCCAAGCUCCGGGCAGAUAUCGAAGAGUUGGAGGCGAUCUCUGCAGCGGAAGAGAGGCGAAAGAGAUUGGCCUUGUUUCGCUCCUGGGAUUUGGAUAGCUCGGGAACGCUCGACGAAAAGGCACUCGAUCGACUCGAUUGCACCAGGAAUGCAAGAUUGAGCUUGACGACGCCAAAGCCCAUCGGCUUUUGGAGGCACUGGAUCAGAACGGAGACGGUGUCUUGCAGACCGAGGAGCACAACCCUCUGA